AUGACUUUGAGAAGUGGGAAAGAGUUGGAAAAUUCCAAGAAAUAUGUUGGCCAUGAGGGUGAGCCCUCUUCAAUCCAAAAUAAUGAGAAAGUAAGUGAAGAUGCUAAAAAUUCAAGGAAAUUAGCCUUUGCCCAUAAUGCGGCCGCAUCAGAAUCACCAGAAAGUUCCCCAAACAUCCAAAAGCUACCUUUUCCAUUGAGAUUUCAUAAACAAAAGCAAGAGAGUCAGUUCAAAAGGUUUCUUGACAUGCUGAAGCAGCUACACAAUAAUAUUCCUCUUGUUGAAGCCCUAGAGCAAAUGCCUAAUUACGUGAAGUUCAUGAAAGAAAUUCUUGCUAAGAAGAGACGAUUGAGAGAAUAUGAGACUGUGGCCUUUACCAAUGAAUGUAGCUCCUUCUUGCAAAAUAAGUUCCCUCCAAAGAUAAAGGAUCCUGGGAGUUUUACCAUUCCAUGCACUAUUGGUAACUCUUAUUGUGAGAUGGCUAUAUAUGACUUGGGUGCUAGUAUCAAUUUAAAGUCUAUGUCGGUGUUUAGAUAG